GUUGUAAGGCCAUAUGAAAGCAUUGUUGCAGAUAGAGCCGCGGCUGCGUUGACAGCAUUGUACGUAUAAUAACCCAAGGCAUAAAGUGUUCCGCUUGAUUGGAUUGAUCGAUGCCGCGCAUAUUUGCUAAAACGCGUGCGCGAAAACACUGCCAGCAAACAAAUUUUAAUUAUAUAAAGAAAUGCACACAAUAUUACACACUUACAUCCAUAGCUAAUUCUAUAUUCUUUGGAUCGCCAUCGCGCAACAUGGGCGCAACAACCUUGCACCACACCCACACGACAGGAUAACAGUUCGGAUAGCAGCCAAGUAUGCUAUCGAUGCUGAUUAGCGUUUGUUUUCGCACCAAGGCAGUGGGUUCAUCAACGAGACGCGUUGUUUCUGUUACAAAAUUUGUAUUGAAAAUAAUCAGCGGAUUUAAUUUAAUUAGCUGCUCCAUAAACAUUACACCCGCACGUCUGAUAUAUGAUUGGGGACUUUGAAAGAGAUUUGCAUAAACAUAUUCUGGCAAAUGCAAGAAUGACAACUCAACCAAACCAUGUCCUUCGAAACUGUAUUUCGGCUCCAGAGCAAAGGGUUUCUCGUAGCGUAUUUCAUUCUUAUGAACACGUGGUUCAUCUGGCAGUGUGACACCAAGAUCGAGGUAACGUGUAUAGCGUAUACCUUCGAUGAGUAUUUUUACAGUGUUGGGUGAGCCUUUGGUGAGCGCAAGAUGUAGUGCUUGUACUGCUUUUAGUUUAACCGUGUUGUUGCAAUCCUGCAAACUCUUCAUGAGCUCAUUAAUGAGAUAUACCUCGCGUGGUAUGUCUGAUAUUUCGUGGCGAAACAUUUGCCAAUUAACAUGUGCCACCAACUGUAGAAUUCGUGAAAUUAAUUCUAUGGCGCGUGCGCGUAUCAUUACCUCAUCGGCAUAGAUGGCAUCACACAAGAACUCUACUGAUGACUCAUUACAGGUGGUAUAAAGUGCAGCAUCAUAUUUUGCGGCAUAUUCAAGCGCGCGUUGUGUUUGCUCGGUUUUCCAAGACUUUACUGGAUUGGUGACCAUGCAUUCGAUAUAGAAAUUCAACACUUUUACAAGCAGACGCGGAUAUUUCGAGAUACAUUUGAUAAACCAAUCAGAUAUAUGUUCGCAAUCACCGCUAAUGACAGUUCCGCUUGUACUUUUUGGUUUUGGCGGGUAAGUGUGCAGGAAAACUGUCAUAUUCAUUAGCUUCUUUAGCGUAUCCUCCGGUUCGCCGUUAUGCGCGUUUACUACUUCGUCAAAUAUUUCGAAGCAUUUAGCGUGUAGAUUGGCAGCGUCUAAAAAUAUAAUUGUUUAAAAGCGUUAAGAAAAUUUUUAUUAAAUUUGCAUGCUUUAAACCGAAUAUUUUAUGUAACGGAAAUGGUAAAAAGGAAAUUGGGGGAAAAAACAGUAUAUGUAUAAUAGAUAUAAUGAAAAGAAAACUUUUCCCGCACAAAGUGCAACCCUGUGUUUCACAGCAGCUGUUAUAUAGAAUUUCGAAAUCAAAGCAUUCAAACAAAUCAAAAAAGAAUCGAAUUUGGAAAGCCGCAGUAUCAAAACAAUGUCAGCUUUAAUAAAACAGCCAGGCGCACGCAAUUUGCGCCUGAUUUUCAAGCAGCUGCAUGCAGUGCGUGCACUUUGCGUCAGUUCAAAGUGCUGCGCGGAUGACCAUGCACAAAAACAGAAAUCCUCUGCAGAACACUUUGACAUCAUAAUUGGUGGUGGUGGACUCGUUGGCACCGCACUCGCUGUUGCUUUGGGCAAAAAUAAAGUUUUAAGUGAUAAACGAAUAUUAUUGCUUGAGGGCGCACCGCCUUUCAAAGGCUUUAAUGUCGAAGCGCAAUAUGGCAACCGUGUCUCCGCUAUUAAUAAUAAUAGUGUAGAACUAUUCCAAUCGAUCGGCGCUUGGGAUUAUAUGGAAGAACGUAGAAUAAAACAUGUUAAACAGAUGCAAGUGUGGGAUGCAUGCAGUGAUGCCUUAAUCAAGUUUCAAGAUGAACAUUUCGCCGCUGAUGUGGCUUGCAUUAUUGAAAAUGACUUGAUGUUGGAUGCUAUGUAUGCACAACUGGCAGAUAACAAGAAUGCGCAGAAUGUGGAAGUGCGCAACAAUGCGCGUAUUGAAGGUGUACAGCUUUCAGUAGACACUGGCGAUAAAUUCUCACAAGUGCACCUUAAAGAUGGCAAAACAUUAACAUGUGAACUACUUAUAGGCGCUGAUGGCGCCAAUUCUUUGGUGCGUAAACAAAUGAAUAUUGAUGUAUUUAGUUUGGAUUAUCAACGCCGUGGAGUGGUAGCCACCGUGCAAUUAGAAGACGCUUGUGAUAAUACGGUGGCCUGGCAACGUUUCUUACCUACCGGCCCGGUAGCAUUACUACCAUUAAGCGACACACUUAGCUCGGUGGUGUGGAGUACAAGUAUCCCACAUGCUAAACAUUUGUUGGAAUUGUCCGCUGAAGAUUUCACCAAAGCACUAAAUGAAGCUUUCUUCAAGGAAUACCCCAAGGAUGGAUUUGUUGUAAAUGCAAUGAAUACAUUAAAUUCGUUAAUUGGACGUAAUCCCGAUAUGCUGAGGCAAUAUCCCCCUGCCGUCAAUGGAGUUGUAGAAAAAUCGCGUGCAUCCUUUCCUUUAGGCUUUUUACAUGCCUCAUCGUAUGUAUGCACGGGAGCGGCUUUAAUUGGCGACGCCGCACAUCGAGUACAUCCACUUGCAGGACAAGGUGUGAAUUUAGGGUUCAGUGAUGUGCGUGAACUUGUUAAAGUGCUCUCUGAAGCGGCAUACGCUGGCGCAAAACUUAGUGACAAUCACUAUCUUAUUAAAUACGAACAACGAAGCUUGUCUAAGAACGUGCCGAUAAUGGUGGGUGUGCACGGUUUGCACACACUCUACUCGACCACAUUCACGCCGGUGGUUUUGCUGCGCAGCUUAGGUUUACAACUCACAGACACUAUUUCGCCUAUAAAAAAUUUGUUUAUGAAACGUGCUAUUGGCUAAACACUUUGUCGCUAUAUCGAUUUAGUUACUCCUAUAAAUAUCAAUAACAAUUUUUUGUAUUUUAGCUAUAUAGAAAUGUUGUGCUAUUUUGGUUAUAAAUAAAACUCGAAAUUAUUACGAUUUGUUGAUAAUAA